AUGCGUCCUGAUGCUCUUGCCAACGCAAAAACAGAGUUGGACAAUUUACGAAUGACGUUAGAGAGGUUGAACCAAGGUCAGAACACAAGUGUUCUUUAUGGCGAUGUUGACCGUCUAGCCAGCGACCUCCAACAUGGCAUUAACAGACUUCGAACUCGAUAUUUCGAUGAACUGCCUAAAGGCGCUUCUUCAGAAGCCAAAGAUGCUCUCGAUAACAUCAAAUACGGUCUCGAGAUGGCUGAGAUCGAUAUUGAGUACGUACGAGACCCUGUACCAGCAGUCAAGAAGAAGACUACACCCGACGUUUGGACUACAACGCAAGUUCCUGUGGACGUUUUAAAGGGGGUUGUUGUCAGAGCACAGAAUAUCCUUGGCAACACCGUCAAUUUUGCUGAAUUAUGCAGCAUUUUUAGGGAAGAGGUUCAAGGACGAAGAAAAUUACUCAGGGAGGCCCGUGCGGAAGAACGCAGACAGGAUCUAGAGGUGGUGACAACUUUGGCCAACAGCGUUGCGUCAGUGAUAACCGCGAUGGCGAAGUGUACGCAAAUUCAGCUCAACCUUGGUGGUGGUGGUGGUGCCAGUUAG